AUGCCUCUGUGGAAAAGAUUCACAACAGAGCUGGUGCCUGAAUGGCAAGUGCAAUGCAUUGAGUACAAGAGACUGAAAAGGCUAGCGGAAAGUCUUGUCGGGAGAGAGGAUUCUAUCGAGAGGCAGGAGAACGACAUCUCCGCCUUCCGUGACGCCUUCGCUGUCGAGCUCGAGAAAGUUUCUUUCCUCUACGUCAAACACGAGCGCAAGCUCUGCCGCUUCUUUUGCUCCCUAGAAGCCAAGUGCGAAGCUGUUCUUCAGAAGCUGCAGGUAGAUCUCGUUGCUCCUGCUUGUGCUCUUGCCCUCCUUAUGUCUAUCCAUCAGGAUGACCGUGAACAGAACUGCUCUGACGACUUCAUGAGAGCACGAAGAGUUUUGGAGGAUCCGGCAUACAAGCAGAUUCUCGUGGCGCUCUCUGCAUUUCUGAUGCAUAUCGAUGCUCUCCGAAGCUUUGCUCUGUUGAACACGCUGGCUGUUGUGAAGAUUGCUCAACAACAUUGCAGCAAGCAUGCGGGGGACGAUGUGCUCAAGCGCUUGCACGAAGAACCUUUCUUCCAUUGCUACCGGCUCUCCUCUCUUGUGGAAGAAGUCAGCUGUCUCCAGCGCAGACUUCUUGGAGAAUUCUUCGGAAACGUUGACCUGCACACAGACGAAAGGCAUAGAAAUUUCCCGCUCGACGUGCAGGAGAGCGAGGAGGUGGAGCCCUCAGAUCUGUCUGUCUAUUGCACAUGGAAGAAUCAGAGGGGACAUCUGCCUGUCUGGAUCUUCAAGUCUCUUGCUUCUUCUUCCCUUGGUGACAGGGACAUUCGUAAGAUCAGAAUCGUCUCUCUCCUCUCCGUCUUCUCAAUGCAGGUCAAGGCGUCAUUGCGAGCUCAUGGGCUAGAGAAGUAUGCCAGCAUGAUCGUACCAAGGGUGCCUCCUAUGGGAGAAGCGGGAUCUUCCAGCGCAUGCAGCAGGCAGGGAGAGCAGGGAACGCCUCAGGGACCAGCACCCGUGAGGAUGGAGGUGCAUGCAACAAACGGAAACAGUGGUGGGGCAAUCGCCCCAGCCAUGCGCCUCCCUCCUCGACGGAAACCGGCUGCCACGAGGGAGGAGGUUGAACAGAGUGUAAAUACUAACAAUGACUUGCGACUGCAACGAUCAUGCAACAACCUGCUGGUCCUCGAGCUCAAAGGAUGGAAGUGGAUUGAUAGCCUCAUUGCUCCUCACAACGAAUCGGCUGAAGCCAGAUCCAAGGCCUCCACCCCCACAUCGGAAUCGGAAAACUCCGAUGGUGAAAGAGAGGCGUGCUGGGACAACGGCGUGAGACAAGAUUUGAGCAGCCUGGACAAGUUUGCGUGCAAACCACAGUCGUACAGGAGGGGUUCAGAAGGGAUGGAGUGCACCGGGGCACUAAAUCAGGUGAAGCUGCGACUUGACAUAACAGCGUAG